CAGGGAUGGUCAUUCCCCCACCGCUAGAGGUGCCUUCACUGGUGCCGUGUGACGUCUCAGCGCUCUCUUUACUCUCUGCGUGUCCAAAAGUCAUGGAAGAGCCUAUCGCUGAACAAACACACACAAUCUCUUCGUUCAGUCUGUCAAGUCGAUGCCACUCUAGCUGUGGAAUAAUUUCAACAGGAGGGGAGAUGGAAUAUUGACAGGUUGAGUGUUCAGGUUUUGAGCCCCUAGCAGAGUGGACCUGUCGCCCUACAGAGUCUCCUGUGGUCAGCCCUUCCGAUCUGGUGUCAAAAUGGCCUCACGACGAGGAGACAUUCCAGCGCUUGAGUCUGGCUCGCAAUCCGGACUAUUUGGUGCCUUUUCAUCUCCUAUUGGAAUGACUCGACACAAUGUCAGCUAUGAUGAGCUCAUGGAUGCCACUAUGCAUUCACCACCUUCUGACUUCUCCGUCAACAUCCUAUGGAAAGACCCUGUCAUCCCACAGCACAAUUUCAGGAACACUGCAGAGGAAGGUGAGAGGGGUAGGAAGUUGCUGACUUUUGAAGCAGCAGCACCAGCAAAGUCACCAGUGCCUGUUGUGAAAGCCAAAGCCACCUCUUUAAUGAGCUCACUUAUGAUCAAGCAUGCCCAGGAGAACCUGCAGAACUUUGAGCACCAGGCAGGACUCACUGAUGCUGGCUAUUCUCCCCACAAGGGGCUCUCUGCUGAGGAGACCCGCUUUCACCGACUGGUUGACGGCACAAUACCAAAGUUGAGAAUGCCAAGCGGGGACUUCAAGGAGGACAGGUGUACAACAUCAGCACAAUCCACCCCAAGUGGCACCCCUUCUGUCACCCCUUCUGUCACCCCCUCUGUCACCCCCUGUGUUAGUCCCCACUCUUCACCGGCUGUUAGUCGCAGGAGCUGGUUCCAGCUGAGUCCUGCGCCUUUUCUUGCCAACCCAAAUCUCAGUUGUCCCAACCCCGGCACAGACAUGGGAGGAAAUGAGGGAGGAGGAGGAGGAGAGAAGUGGAGCUUCUUUGGAACCCGACCCGUGGUACAGAAGUCCCCGACUGACCCAGGCUGUGAAACCAGCACAGGCUUUUCACUGCAGUCCUACUUCGGCAUGCAGAAGUCCUCUACCAUGGAUGGCACCAACACCCAGGUCAACUUUAAGGUAGACAACCCUGCCAACUUCAUGCCCCCCAAGAUUGAAAUCUCGGGCAUUGAGGCCAAACAAGCACCCACACGGCCACACAAACUUAAACCUCGGGAUAUGAAUGUUUUAACACCUUCAGGCUUCUGAAGCCACCCUAGCUGUGUGGUUGUUUUUUUUGUCCAUCUGAUUGCUUGACUGCUUUCCUGCCUUCCAGUCCCUUCUGCCUCCCUGUAAAUUUACAGAGGCUGAGAGGUAAGAGGACCACCUAUAGUAUUAGCUCACCAGCCCCAGAGACAUUACCGCACUGUUGCUCCUCCCCGAGACCUAGCCAGAUGGAUUGCAAUCUUCUAUUAGUCCAUAUCAUCCCUUUCCUAUCUCCUCCAGCUCAUUGGCCCAAAUAAAACACCAUGUGAAGUACCUUCAUUGUCAUCCCUGAAGAUGGUAUUGCUUUGUAUUAUUUUUGUUCUGUCACUUAAUAGAUGCAUAGGCAUGCAUUGUCUUGCUGUCCUCGUUCCAUAGUCAUUGAUGGCAUGAGAUUGAAGUUGUUGAAAUAUUUUGUCAGUCCUUUGCUCAAGCUUAUCACUUUAGCAUUGCCUCUUUUAAAACUGACCAGUUAUUUCAUUCAAGUCAUAAUGCUCAGUUGCCUCAUUUUUUUUUAUUUAGAAUAAUCUCACAGCUUUGUAGUUUUGUAGUGCUUUUCUCUGUUAGCAUGCAGAUUGUUGUGUAGUAGGAUGACUGCUGUUGUGCCUAAACUUGCGGCAUGUUUUCCAUACAAUUACAGCUGUUUUUUUUUUUUAUUAUGUGGAAGAACAUAUUUGCCCGCGUGAGAGUAUGUCUGAGGACCUGAUUUCUUUUUUUUUUUUAAUUUUAUUUCAAUUUAAGUAUUUUUGAUAUUGUUCUGCUUUAAAUCAACAUUGUUCAUUGUAAAUAAUAGUGUUGGAUUUAUCACAUUUUUAUAUUGCAUCACAAUAUUAUUUCAACAUGCUAUAAAAAUGCCAAGUAUUGAAGUGGUCAUUUUGAAUUUAGCUUUUUCUGUGUCACAAUACAAGAGUCUCUGCUGUUUAUUUGAAAAUUGUAUUGAAUUCCCGUAAGUAAUUGCACAAGGGAGAUCGUCUCCCACUUACGUCUGUAAAUAAAUCUGAGAGUAACAAGCAAA